AUUUUCUUUUAAUAUUGAAUAUUUAUUUAACUUUGAAAUUACUCUGCUUUUCUUUUCUUCCUCUUUAGGAAAGAAGACGGUGCAAGAAACCCCGCGCCCUUGCGUUCUUCUCAUCUGUUUCUCCCGCGUCCACCUCUCCAAUUUCCUUCGACUUUCAGUCCCAUGAGUAACCAUGGCUUUUCAGAAGAUCGAACUAACCCAAUUAUAUUCGAUUCUUCUAUGGUUUACUGUGUACGCGAUAACGUACUGCUCUUCGGAAUCGUCGACGUGCUUGAUGGUGUACAAGGAAGGCGGCGCUCCCGCGGUAUUUCAGUCCCCGAAAUGUUCUCUCUGGAAGCUCUCUGACUACACUUUUCAAUCUCCCAACGCCCCCCAUUGUCAAAUUGCAAUGCAUCAGGGUCGACGAAAGUAUCAGGAGGAUCGCACUCUCUGUGCUCUAGAUAUUCGAAUUCCCUUCCCAAGUAGAACAGGUAUUAUGGAGGUCCCUGUGGGAAUCAUAGCAGUUUUUGAUGGUCAUAAUGGAGCUGAAGCUAGUGAGAUGGCUUCAAAGAUAUUGUUGGAGUAUUUUGUGGUGCAUACUUAUUUUCUUCUUGAUGCCACUUAUUCUGGAAUUUUCAAGAGACCCAUUAACUCAUUUUCAAAUGAGAAGGAACAUGGUACCAAGUUUAAUGAGUACAAUUGGAAUGAGGAAAUUAGUAACCGUGAUCGGGAACUUGGAAGGCGUAAAUACCUACUUCCAGCAGAUUUUGCUGAUGACUACCAUUUGGAAAUUUUGAAAGAAGCACUGUUGAGAGCUAUACAAGACAUUGAUAAAACGUUUUCCAAGGAAGCACAUAAAAAUAAUCUGGUUUCGGGUUCUACUGCUACUGUUAUAUUAUUGGCAGAUGCACAAAUUUUGGUUGCAAACAUUGGUGACUCGAAGACUUUUUUGUGCUCUGAAAAAUUUCAGUCACCUGCUGAGGCUAAAGCUACCUUUUUACGGUUAUACAAGCAAAAAAGAUAUAGUGGUGCCUCACGUGCAAGGGGCUAUGGAAAUUCUAAACCAGACUCAUUUGAUGGGCUGACACAUUUUUAUGCCAAAGAAUUGACUAGGGAUCACCAUCCUGAUAGAGAGGAUGAAAGAUCUAGGGUGGAGAUUGCUGGGGGUCACGUUGUUGAUUGGGGUGGUGUACCUCGAGUAAAUGGUCAGUUGGCUAUAAGCAGAGCAAUUGGUGAUGUGUCUUUUAAAAGCUAUGGAGUUAUAUCUGCACCAGAAGUGACUGACUGGCAACCUUUGUCUACCAACGAUAGCUAUUUGGUGGUUUCAUCUGAUGGCAUUUUUGAGAAGUUGAGCUCACAAGAUGUUUGUGACUUGUUGUGGGAAAUACACAAUGAUCGUAUGUCAAUUUCCGAGCAUUCUCCUUCAUGCUCAUACUCAUUGGCGGAAUGCAUCGUUAGUACGGCCUUUGAAAGAGGCAGUAUGGAUAACAUGGCUGCUAUUGUGGUUCCUUUAAGAUCUGCUAUUUCUUCUCAGAGGUUUCAGGAGGGGAGGUUUGUUGUGCAGAGGGACUCAAGUUUUCCCAUAUCUGGAAUAGAAAAGCUUAUUAAAGAGCACUCAGCCAAUAGCUUCUCUUCCAAUGCUGUGCAAUUGGAGCAUUCUCAUCCAGUCAUGUCCAAGUUCAAGAGACUAUUAGUUGAAGGAAGACACAAUAAGCUGGGAUGUUUUUAUCUGUCUGAGAAUCUGGAUGAAUACAAGGAUUAUGUGUUGAGGACUCAAACUGAUGAAGAAGAAUAUUUAUGUGAUCUACCCCACGCUCUUCCAGAGUCCCUCAAUCAGCCAUAUGGUGGAUCUUUAAAUGUGUACAAUGACCAAAGCUUGUGCUUUCAUCUUGGAGCUAAAGAUCAGUGCUUUCAUCCUGAAGGCUUUGCUAGUUUUAUUGGUUUGCUUGAAUCAAUUCCUUUCCACGAUCCUGGUUCAGAUUAUCAACUAUUUGAGCAUCCACCACCUAUAUUGAGGUAUGUGUUAAAGAAAAGGUUUGGUCAGGGUUCCUAUGGCGAAGUAUGGCUGGCUUUUCAUGGGAACUGCCAGGAAGCUUUUACUCCAGUAGGAGAGAAUAUUUAUGAUUCGUGCAACUCAUCUUUUGGAGAUGCCAAUGCCAGAAACGGUAGAUACUCUUCAAAUAGUUCUCAAGCCUAUGCUCUGGAGGAUAACGUGUUCAUCAUGAAACGUGUAAUGGUUGAAAGAGGUGCUGGAGUCUAUUUGAGUGGCUUACGGGAGAAAUAUUUUGGUGAAAUAUUUUUGAAUGCUUCUACGCGACUUGAAGAUGUGUUAUCGACUGGAACAUCAAACUUUGUCUUUGAAAAGUCACCAUGGGGAUCUAAAGACUUAUUGGUAAAGGAUGAAUCCCUGAGUUAUAAAUUAGGGGAAACUAGGCAGUUUAAAAAUGCUUUCCCGAAUCAGUUUGGACCAAAGAGUGUUAUGUAUGAAGAAGGUUUAAACCAUAUUGUGAGAUUUGUAGAAUCUUUUGAAUCCCGGUCUAACGAAAUAUGGCUUGUAUUUCAUUACGAAGGCAUAUCCCUCUCAAAGCUCAUAUAUUCCAUUGAAGAUGCCGAUGAGGAAAAAGUUGAACAAAAAAACCAUGUUCAAAUUUUACAACCUUCCAAGUGGUGGCAUUGGUUGAAAACAACAGAAGCAGGACAAGAGGAAAUGAAAAGUUUGAUACGUCAGCUGUUGAUGGCUCUCAAGUCCUGUCAUGACCGCAAUAUCACUCACAGGGAUAUAAAACCUGAGAACAUGGUGAUAUGCUUUGAAGAUCAGGCUACUGGAAAAUGCUUGAAUGGAAGUCGAAGGGGGGAUGAGAACUUCUCUACUAAAAUGCGCAUUAUUGACUUUGGUAGUGCUAUUGAUGAAUUCACAGUCAAGCAUCUAUAUGGGUCUGCUGGGCCUUCCAGAGUGGAACAAACUUAUGAUUACACACCUCCUGAAGCCUUGCUUAAUUCAAGUUGGUAUCAGGAGAUGUCAAGUGCAACUUUGAAGUAUGACAUGUGGAGCGUUGGUGUAGUGAUGCUAGAAUUGAUCUUAGGAUCACCUAAUGUUUUUCAGGUAGGUGAUUUAACCCGAGUUCUUUUGGACCAGCAUCUUGAGGGUUGGAAUGAAGGCUUAAAGCAGCUAGCAUACAAGCUUAGGUCGUUCAUGGAGUUGUGCAUUUUAAUUCCUGGGAGUCCCUCAAAAAGUUAUAAAAAAAAUGUUCAUCAAGGAGGUUCACCAGCAUCCUGGAAAUGCUCUGAAGAAGUUUUUGCCCACCAAAUAAAGAGUAGAGAUCCUCUUAAACUAGGGUUUCCAAAUGUUUGGGCUCUACGGUUGGUCCGCAACCUACUACAAUGGAAUCCAGAGGACCGUUUAAAUGUCGAUGAUGCUCUGCGACAUCCUUAUUUCCUCCCUUUUCCUAAAUGAGUAUGAGUUUGCAGAUUGACAAAUGUUAUACAGAGAUUAGUUAUUUUCACCAAAAGUAAAGGUUAUGUUGCUGACAAUCGAAAAUGCUCAUGCAUCAAAUAUCAGAAGCUUGAUUGAUGCACUUUUUUACGUCAAGCGAGAGCUCUCAUAUUGAUGCUUUCUCGAUCAAGAUUCGAGAUGUUUCGGUGACAGUAAUACUAUCAUAUUUUUGCAAAGGUUGUAAUUGAACAGUACCCAUAUAUCAAAUGAGUAUUGAACCAUAAAACUGGGUUGAGUUUGGGAUCUCUACGACACCUUUUUAGUGAUAGGGAUGGGAGAUUUUAAUUUUUGACCCGACAAAGAUAAUAAAAGAAAUUACAAAUUAGAAGUAAA